GACGGCGACGGCCGCGCGUACUCGAAAACGGCGGAAUCCGUAAUUGUACAAUUUUAAGCUGAAUGUACCUAUUCAGAAAGUGAGCCAAUAUAAUUUCAGAAUAUAACUGAAUUUUUCGGGGUCUCGGGUAGGGAGGAUCGGCUGGUGGGGGCAAAGCGGCAUUUUAAAUUGAAAAUAGUAGUCAGUCGGUUGGCAGCCGCUGUUGAUCGAGUUUAAAAUUUACUUUUGUUAACCUUUUAUUUAUUUUUGUUAUCAUUUUCCACCACCGAAAGGCUUAGUGCACCCCAUUUUUUUUUCGAAAUUGUGCGAUUCGCCCGAACUGUGUUAGUGCAAAGUGCGCGGCGUAUACAGUGCGUGACAAUUUUUUUUUGCAAAUGUGGGAAAAUCACGUGUACGCAAAAAAGUUGCGUUUAAAGGAAUGACUGAAUGUUGGCUGCAAUGGCAACAGUUACAUCUGGGCUCCUUUCGCCGAAUUCCUACGGGUUGAGUUCGG